ACUCAAGUUAUCUAUUCCCCAUUCUUCUCUUCUAAAUUCUAAUAAAUAAACCGUUAAUAAAUUCAACGAUUCACAGAGAAAAAGCAAACAGACAAGUAUGGAUUCCAAUUCUGCGUCCCGCAAAGCUUCGCCUUCAGGAUCUGUGAAAGUCAAUCGUGAGAAUCGGAAAUGGGGGUUAUCGGCAUCCGAUGUUGUUUAUCACUUCGGUACUAGUGGAAUGUCUGUUGCUGCUGCCACUGCCAUCACUCACCCUUUAGAUGUUCUCAAAGUUAGGUUGCAAAUGCAACUUGUUGGACAGAAAGGUCCCUUAAUUGGAAUGGGACGCCUUUUUGUUACAGUAUUGAAAAGUGAAGGGCCUAGGUUCUUGUACUUGGGAUUGACACCUGCAUUAACGAGGUCAGUUCUUUAUGGGGGUCUUCGAUUAGGCUUGUAUGCACCAACAAAGUAUGUCUGUGAAUUGGCUUUUGAGUCCACCAAUGUUUUGGUUAAGAUUGCGUCAGGAGCAUUCUCUGGUGCCUUUGCAACUGCGCUGACCAACCCUGUGGAAGUUCUGAAGGUGCGGUUGCAGAUGAAUCCAAACUUGAGAAGAGGAGCAAUAGGGGAAAUGAGAAAAAUUGCUUCAGAAGAGGGAAUAACGGCUCUCUGGAAGGGGGUUGGCCCUGCUAUGGCCAGGGCUGCUUCUUUGACUGCAUCGCAGCUUGCAACAUAUGAUGAAUCCAAGCGGGUUUUGAUAAGGUGGACUCCUCUUGAAGAAGGAUUUUAUCUACAUCUCAUCUCAAGUACAAUAGCAGGCACAGUGAGCACCCUCAUUACUGCACCCGUCGACAUGAUUAAAACCCGUCUCAUGUUGCAACGAGAAUCUAAAACAGUUGGAACCUACAAAAAUGGAUUUCAUUGUGUGUACCAGGUUCUGCGCCAAGAAGGUCCCAGGGGCCUUUACAAAGGUUUUGUUCAUCAACAUUUCUGGUUGUUAACGUUGAAACUUUUCCAGGGGAACUGCAAUCUUUGCAAGAUUGGGUCCACAGACUAUGAUCACAUUUAUACUCUGUGAGAAGCUGCGGGACCUUGCUGGAUUGAAGGCAAUCUAGUAAGUGACAUUGUCUCACAUUUUCCAAGUAGUGCUUUUUCACAUGCAGAACAGUUGCCAAACCGCCAUCAAGCCUCAAUUUUUGAAUAAUUUUUUUUAUUUUCAUUUUUUUGUGAUUUCAUUUAUUUACUGUUCCAUUAAGGAACCAAAACUGAGUUGGGUUUAGGCAAGUGACCUGCCACGAGAAAAAGGUCCAUUUAUUUGUUGGAGUUGUUGUAAUAAUGUAUGUUUUGUACUCUACAUACCCCAUUGUUGUAGGAUCUAGUUGUAUCGCCAAGAUUUUCAGCUGUUGUGUUUAGUUUUUCUUGUAUUAUUAUAUUGAUUAUUACAUUUGGAAAGAUUCAUCCGUUUACUCAGUUUGGGGCAAA